UUUUCACCGUUCGCAUCAGUGGGUGGAGAAUACAUCAGUUGCAGAGUGAAACAAUGCCGUGCCUCAACCUCUCUACCAACGUUAAUCUUGACGGCGUUGACACCUCUUCUAUUCUCUCCGAAGCCACUUCCUCCGUCGCUAACCUUAUUGGCAAACCUGAGGCUUAUGUGAUGAUUGUAUUGAAAGGAUCAGUGCCUAUAUCUUUUGGUGGGAAUGAGCAGCCAGCAGCUUAUGGUGAAUUGGUGUCUAUUGGCGGUCUUAACCCAGAUGUGAACAAGAAACUCAGUGCUGCCAUUGCUUCAAUUCUUGAAACCAAGUUGUCAGUGCCCAAGUCACGAUUCUUCUUGAAGUUUUAUGACACUAAGGGUUCCAACUUUGGAUGGAAUGGGUCUACAUUCUGAAUUCCAUGUUGGUAGCAGUGCCAUGGAUGUUGGAUGAAGUCGUUAUUCUGUCUAGAACCUUCUUUUCUCUAUAGUUAAUGUCACUUCGUCAAAAAGAAAGGAUAAGAAAAUUAUUGUAAGCAAUAUCGUUUUUGUUGAAGAAAAGGAGAGUGAAGUGAAGAUGCCGUGCCUCACCUUGAUGCUGUGGACAUCUCUUCCAUAUUCUCCCAAAUCAUCUCCACCGUCGCCAACAUCAUCCACAGACCCGAGUCUGUAUGUGUACUUCUCCCACUCUCCACGCAUCUCUUUUCUAAAGUCUUUACUGUUUGCAUCACUAUAUAUAUAAAGAAGGAUCAAUACCCAUACCUUUUGGUGCGACUGAGGAGCAGCAGCUUAUGGUGAAUUGGUCUCCAUUGGUGUUCUAAACCAAUGAAAGACAUUUUAUCCGUAUGGAGUUAUUUGACGAAAAAUUCCCUGUCUAGGGUGAUUUGUGAGUGUCAUAAAAAAUGUUGGCGACACAGGACUAAGUAUCGGCUGAAAGAAUGGCGACACAGGCGACUAUUGAGAGCGGUUACUUUCAAACCGCUCUCAAAAGUCAUGUUAGAGAGCGGUUCACACCAGUGUCAGGUUGUUCAGGACCGACACACACUGAUUGGUCUCCUUUGUGCUUCUGGUUCUGUUAUUCAUCUUCUUUGGUGAAAAAUUUUUGCAAAUUGAAAACGCAGAGGUGGAGGUGGAGGUGGAGUGGAGAAGCACGGCUUGCAUAUUUUUAAAGCUUUGAAAGGAAUAUUGCAAUCGGUGGUGGUCCAGGCUACUGUGAGAGGGACUUUUGGUGGUCCAGAUUUUUAGCAAAAGGAGAUUUUAGAUGGCAUCAUCUUCGUCUCGUAGUAAGGUGUUAAAUCCCGGCCCCGAAGAUGGUUCAUUACUGCGCUAUCAGUCUAUUCAUGUUUCAGAGCAUAUUUGGGAUGGUCGUGAACACCCAAUAUUGAGAGUGAGAAGAGGUCAUUUCAUACAUGCUAGCAUGGAGGGAGUACCAGUAGAGAUUAUUCCUCAUUUGACAGUAGCAGGAUUUGUUGGAGUAGCACAGUUGGCUAGUAUUCCUAUUGAUCGCCAAUUGAUUACAGCGUUGGUAGAAAGAUGGAGGUCAGAGACCCAUACAUUUCACAUGCCCCCUGGAGAGUGUGCUAUUACUAUUCAAGACAUUGCUAUUCAGAUGGGUCUUCGUAUUGAUGGAAGACCAGUUAUUGCCCCUACAGGAGGUGACAGGGCACAAAUUGUUGAAGAUUUAUUGGGAAUUAGACCACCUAAUUCUGCAUUUAUGGGGAGCAGCUUGAAACUUACUUGGUUGGAUGAGCAUUUUUCCCAUGUUGGGUUGCACAACCAAAAUCCCAUUCAGCUAACUCGCUUUGCAAGAGCAUAUAUUUUGAGACUUAUUGGUGGGUUUAUGUUAGCUGAUCAUUCUAGUAGCAGGGUCCCAGUUAGGUACCUUCCUUUACUUGAAGAUUUAGAGAUAACUAGACAAUAUAGUUGGGGAAGUGCAGCGUUAGCCUUCCUAUACAGAGAGUUAUGCAUGUCCACGAAUAUUGAUCGGUCUGGUAUUGGAGGAUUGACUCUACUUGUGAUGCUAUGGGCAUGGGAUAGGUUCCCAUUUCUAUCUCCGAGUGAUCCCCCUUACACACAGAAUGAUCUUCCUUAUGGUGCACGGUGGUUAAGAUUUCAAAAUUUUAGGAAGGGGGAAAGGAUCUAGCUUACUUUAGGUUCAAAUUUGAUCAUUUGAAACGUAAUCAGUUUGUGUGGCAACCAUAUAGUAUAAAUUUGAUGCAUACUUUGCCUGCCAUAUGCACUGAGGGCAUGCAUAUAUGGAGAGCUACUGUGCCGCUUAUUUGUUUCCAAAUAUGUGAAUGGCACCAGCCCGAUCGUACCAUGCGUCAAUUUGGGAUGGUACAACAUAUUCCUCAUGCUCCUUAUCAGCCAGACCAGCUACAUGACAUUACUCUUAGAGGGAAGACUACUGACAAUUGGGAGUCAAAAUUCAGGGGCGUACUAGAGCAUUGGGACAGGAGAUUAGAUUGGGUUGUGAGUAAUGAACCGCAAAUUGGUCUACUGAGUUCGAACUCUGAAUACAUGCGGUGGUACCAUACUCAUACUAGACGGUGGAUGAGCAGAGAUGCUGCAGUGUUUGCAUUACUUGGAGAUGCUCAUGAGAGGGCCUAUUACUUGUGUAAUGAUGGGAGGGACACAUUUUCAUUUGAGGAGAUGAAGGAUUUGUGUGAGACGAUGUUAGCCUUGGAAAAUGAGCAGGAACGUAUCUUAGAGCCAUCAUCCUCAUGUGAUCCUCCUAUCCAGAGUGGAAAUCUAGAUGAGCCUCAGAUUGACAUUGGUAUUGGUGAACAACGUCGGGAAGGCAAAGGUUUGCAACGUCGGCGAACGUCAUUUCAGGCCACAGAUUUUACAUUGCCCCCUUUGCCCGAACGAGGAGAUGGUGUUUAUUAUGUCCCACCACCUUUUCCGUUUCAACAAUUACAAUGGACACAGUCAUCUUAUGUUCACUCAUCACAGCAAUCAAACGUCCCUCCUGCAUCUCCAUUUUUCAACGGUGAAUUUUAUGUUCCUGACGCUAGCCUUUUCAUGACACCUCCUCCAUAUGAGCCUAUGUUUUUCACACCGAGUGCACCUGGUGUAGGCACUCAUCAAAGUGGAUGUAGUGAGCAAACAACAUCAAUGGUACCUGUGCAUGACCAUGGAAUUGAUCUUAAUGCUGAAUUCAUUGCAGCCUCAGAUGCAGCAGGAGCUGAUGUGAGACGUAACCCUCACCGUGGAGCGCGAGAUCGUCAUUGACAGUGCAUUCUCACACCUCAUGAGGAGGGACCUCACGAGCAGUCAUUGAAUUAUGAUUGACACUAUGUUAUGAUACUGUAUUUGAAAACUUUAGAUGAUGUUAAUUAAUGUUUGCUUUUGU